AUGGCGAAGUUGAGACUAAAAGUGAAGGAAUUGGAAUCUGCAGUCAACUCUGUCACCGCGGAGAAUGGUCAAUUAAAGAACAGACUAGAAGAGGUAGAUGAAGACCGCUCUUGGUUAAGAAGGAAAGUGGUAGAGCUGGAGGACAGAUCUCGUAGAUAUAACCUGCGGCUAGUAGGGUUCCCAGAAGGGGCAGAACAGGAUAACUCGUCGAAUUUCAUUCAGAAAUGGCUGGUAGAGAGUCUGGGACCAGACUAUGAUGUGUCUACCUUCUGUGAAGACUGCAUAAAAGGCUCCCAAGGUCAUCUAAUUCUAUCUCCUUUUUAUGAAAUAGAAGCUACUCAAUCACAAAUUAGCAUUAAUAGAACUGGACAUAAUCUGGGUGAGAUGUCUGUAAAUUCUGAAUAUGGGAAAGAUUUUGAAAAUAAUGCUAAUCUUUCUGUGCACAAAGAAAUUCAGAAAGAUGAAUGGUUAUUUUUAUGUUCUGAAAGAGAGAAAACUUUCAAUGUGAUAUCAAGUGUUGCUGAAAAUCAGAGAAAUUUCACAGGAGAGAAGACAUAUUCAUGUUCAGAAUGUGGGAAGUAUUUAAGUAAGAAUUCAAGUCUUGGGUUGCAUCAGAGAAUUCACACAGGAGUGAAGCCAUUUUCAUGUCCUGAAUGUGGCAAAUAUUUCAAUGAGAAAUCAAGAUUUGUGAAACAUCAAAGAAUUUCCACAGGAGCAAAGCCAUUUUCAUGUCCUGAAUGUAGGAUGUCAUUUAAACGUAAACAUAAUCUUGAGACUCAUCUGAGAAUUCACACAGGAGAGAAGCCAUUUUCAUGUUCUGAAUGUGGGAAGUGUUUUAGGGAUAAAUCAAGUUUUGAGAUACAUCAGAGAACUCACACAGGAGAGAAGACAUUUUCAUGCCCUGAAUGUGGGAAAUGUUUUAAUCGGAAAUCAUAUCUUAAUGCACAUCUGAGAGCUCACACAGGAGAGAAGCCAUAUGCAUGUUCUGAAUGUGGGAAGUGUUUUAGAGAUAAAUCAAGUUUUGUGAUACAUCAGAGAACUCACACAGGGGAGAAGCCAUUUUCAUGCCCUGAAUGUGGGAAAUGUUUUAAUCGGAAAGUAUUUCUUAAUGCACAUCUGAGAGCUCACACAGGAGAGAAGCCAUAUGCAUGUUCUGAAUGUGGGAAGUGUUUUAGUGAUAAAUCAAGUUUUGAGAUACAUCAGAGAACUCACACAGGGGAGAAGCCAUUUUCAUGCCCUGAAUGUGGGAAAUGUUUUAAUCGAAAAGCAUAUCUUAAUGCACAUCUGAGAGCUCACACAGGAGAGAAGCCAUAUUUAUGUCCUGAAUGUGGGAAAGGUUUUAAUCAGAAAGCAUAUCUUAAUACACAUCUGAGAGCUCACACAGGAGAGAAGCCAUAUUCAUGUUCUGAAUUCGGCUCGGCUCCACUUUUCAGGGAGGACAAGCUUCUAGAGGUAAGUCAGCAGCUACUGCCCAGCCAAGAUGUGGAAGAGAGAUCCACUGCUUCCCCCAGUAGGCUGGCAAGUAGCAACAAUGAUGUUGCGAGUGGUCAGCCUCCACUGCAAGCACAAUUUGUAGUGCUCCUACAGCAUGCCACCUUUGCAGAGCACGCCGGUGUCACGGUGUUAUGCACCUCGUUUGCCUGUGUGAACGCUGUUACACUCCAUCAAGAAAUCGAAUCCUGGCUGUUUCCUUGCCAAGUGAAAAUGGUAGCCAUGUUCACCGACAACGGGAAGAACAUUGAGUUGGCGCUGAUUAACGAGGGCUGA